AUUGCUUCCGACUCUGUCAUUUAUACCGACUAACUGCUCUCUCCCGCAAGCAAUUAGCCUCGCCUUUAUUAGUUGGCGGCAGCAACCCAUCUGGCAAAAUGGGAAAGAUGAAGAAGACGCGGAAAUUUGCUGAAGUCAAGCGAAUGCUCAAUCCUAAAGACGUCGCGCCUCCGGCCAAGCGACAGAAGACCGAGAAGAAGGAGGACGAAGUGCGCCACGUCGAGAAGGUUUCCUCCGCGCUGUUCUUCCGCUAUAACACCCAGCUGGGCCCACCGUACCAGGUCCUGGUGGACACAAACUUCAUCAAUUUCUCCAUCAAAAACAAGAUCGACCUGGUUCGCGGCAUGGUGGACUGCCUGUAUGCGGAGUGCCGGCCCUGCAUCACCGACUGCGUGAUGGCGGAGCUGGAGAAGCUGGGGCAGAAGUACCGCGUGGCGCUCAAAGUGGCCAAGGACCCGCGCGUGGAGCGGCUGCCGUGCAGCCACAAGGGCACUUACGCGGAUGACUGCAUCUGCCAGCGCGUGCAGCAGCACCGCUGCUACAUCGUGGCCACAUGCGACAGGGACCUGCGCCGCCGCAUCCGCAAGAUCCCCGGUGUCCCCAUCAUGUACUUAUAUCGCAUACUGCCUAUGGGUUGCCGUUGCAGCGACUGAACGGCAUUGAGACUGGGGGUGGGCUGAGCGCAACUGGAGUCUCUCUAGUAAACUGUUGUAGAUUACGCUUAAAUUGUGGGGGUGUUUGGGUAUGUCGAGCGAUGGCGUUACGAGUUUUUCGGCAAGCGCUGAAAGGAGCAAGGCGGUUGGUUACAGUUAUGACAUUUGAGGUAGGGAGAAGGAAUGCGAAAGGCCAAUGCUGGAGUCUGCGUCCGUUGUGCGCGUCAUUAAGCAUGAUUUGCCUCGCAAUGUUGGAGAACGAAUGAUGGUGUUGGGCGGCGACGCAAGACAGAUCGGAGCGCGGGAAACCCGAUGAAGGGCCCAUGCGCCGUUUCUUAUGAAGAGACAAUACUUUGUUAGUUACUUUCUAAUGGUAUAUCUACCUCGUAUAAGUUUGCUUUUAGUGAUGCGUGCUGGCGCGCUUACUGUACAGGCUAGCUUAAGCCUUUCAGGCAACACCUCACGGAAGAGCUUGUGAUCGCGCUCUACCAUUAUCAUCUGUAAGGAAAGGAGAGAGAGGAUAUGCUUACGAAGUAAAGGCUUUGUUUCAUUUGCAUAUGGCGUCCGUUGGAAGCCGCGGGGAGCUUUUCCGUUCCAGUGGGCCGCUAGUCAGCCAGCCACCAGUGGGAAAUCGAAGGGAGUACGGCUCUCAGGGUGGCGUCCGCCCAGCGCAAGCAGCUGAUGCACCGGAGGAUUCCGGCUGGCAAGUCGUGGACGCGCGAAAUGGCCGUUCGGGACGCUCUUGGGCAAAGCUGUUUAAGCAGCUUAACAAGUGCGGGCACUGGUGGAGUAUCUGGAGGACUCGGCAGCGGACUUUGCGGAGCUGCACCUGCAGCUGGAGUCGGUGGUGUCGCCCCGGGGGCAGAAGGUGGCGUGGGAGGUUCGCACCUCCCGCCGCGCCAGCAACCGCAGCCCUCGCCCCGGUGCCCUCGGGCCCUUCAGCUCCGGCGCCCCGGGCAGUGCUGCUGCCGCCACCACCGCCGCCGGCCGCGCCAACACAGCACCUCCUCCCGGCGUGGAUGUUGCCGGCGGCGGCGGGGCAGCAGCAGGACCCCCCCACCCGGCCGCCGUGGGGCUCCCAGGCAGCCAGGGCGCCGCAGCGGCGGUGGCAGCCCCCGCCACCUCCGCCUCCGCCUCGGCCCCUGCCUGUGUGAGCGGCGCGGUGGGCACACCGUUUGCACAUGCGGCUGGGUCGCGGCAUGGGAGGCAGGGCGGGGCGGGGGUGGCGCCUGGACACAGGGCCGGCAGCGGAGGCGGUGAGGAGGAUCCCGCUGGGACUGGGGCUGCUGCUGCCGGGGCUGCUGCUGCUGCUGCUGGGGGCGGCGGAGGUGGAGGAGGUGGAGGCAGUGGCGGGGCGCACAACUCCUGGACCGGGCGGAAACUCAACUGGAGCGAGCUCUUCACCCACAACCACCACCAACAGCAACAGCAGCCCGCCACGCACCCCCACCCUCCCAUGCAUCCUCAUCCUCAGCAUCAGCAGCACCCCCCGCUGCCCCCGCGAGGCGCAGGGCCGAGUGGCGGCAGCGGCCCCCCCUCCGCAGCCCCCUCCGCAGCCCCCUCCGCAGCCCCCCCUGCGGGUGCCUUCCGUCUGGGCGCGCUGCCGCCCCCUCCCCGGCUGGACACCACGGGCGGGGGUGCGGGCGGGGGCGGCGAGGGCUGCAGCAGCCCCACUGCGGGCGGGGGAGGGGGCGGAGGGGGCGACUCGCUUCACCACAAGAUGCUGUCCUCGCCAGGUCGCAAGCUGACCCCCGCGGAGGUGCUGCGCGCCAGCGAGGAGCGGCAGGCCCGCGCGGAGAAGGCGCGGCAGGCCAUGGCGGAGGAGAAGCAGGCCAGGCUGGCGCAGGCGGCGCAGAGCAGGCAGACCGCCAAGACAAUCAUGGAGGAGCGUGCGGGUGCCAUCGCGGCCCGCGUGGAGGUCAAGAUCGCUCGCAGUGCGGAGCUGCGGCAGGCGCACCUGGCGGGGCGGGUGCAGAAGGCGGUGGAGGAGACGAAAAAGGUAGCCGAGGUGGCGUUCAUCAACCAGAUGUUGGAGCAGGACAAGAAGCUGGCGCUGCAGGAGAAGCUGGAGGAAGGCGAGGUGCGGCGGCGUCAGGCGCUGGAGGCGCUGCAGCAGCGGGGCAAGGGCGCGGCGGCGGCGGUGGAGGAGGCGCAGGAGCGGCGGAAGAUGCUGGAGGCUGAGCGGCGGGAGCAGUGGGCGGACCGGCAGCGGCGCAAGCUGGCAGCCCAGGCCAAGCUGGAGGAGGAGCGCAGGGCUGCUGCCGCCGCACGCGAGGCCGCCAGUCGUGCCGCCCGCGCCGCCGCCGCGCAGGCCGCCGAGGCGCGUCAGCGGCAGCGCGACGUGCUGUCUGGUCGCAUCGAGGAGCGGCUGCGGGAGGCGGCGGCCAGGAGGGCGCAGCACCUGGAGCUGAUCAAGGAGAGGGCGGCGCUGGGGAAGGACUUGUACGACCGCCGCACUGCCGACGGCCAGACCGGCUCACCCCGCUCCCCGCAAUCUCGAUUCACGCGCCCGCAGUCGUCUGAAGCAGCCACAGCCGCUGCUGCCGCCGCUGGCAGCAGUGCAAGCUUCUCCUCCGCACCACCGCCACUGCCGCUGUCCCGACCAGUAACCCCUCCGGGAGGGCCCCGCAGCACCGCCGCUGCCGCCCUGACCCUCGAUCCCUCCUCCUCCGCCUCCUUCUCCUCCGCAUGCUGCACUGCCGCUACCUUCACCUCCGCCACCAUCACCGCCACCACCAUUGCAGUGACCAACAACAUGGGCGGCAGCGGCAGCGGCGGCAGCAGCCACGGCGGUGCAGGUGGCGGCGGCGGCAGCGGCGGCGGCAGCCCGCUGCGCUCCUCCGACCGCUCCAUCACGCUGUCCUCCGACCCCAAGCGGCGUGUGAAGGGCAUGCGGCGGAGGGCGUGCAAGACGCUGGCGAGGCUGGAGGCGGCCAGGCCUGAGUACACUGAGCCCGCCCCCCUGGCCGCCCUGCUGGACAGUGCUGAGGGGCGGGAGCAGGUAGCGGCGUGGGCGCAGCUGGUGGAGGGGGCGCGCAGGGAGACAGCGGCGGCAGCAGCGGCUGCAGCAGCGGCAGCAGUGGCGUCUGGAGGGAGGAGGAGGGGCGCUACCAGUGCUGGCGGCAGCGGUGGCAGGGGGGAUGCCUCGGGUGCAGGUGCUGCCUUGGCGGCUGCGGGCGGUGGUCCUUCUUCUUCCAGUUCCAGUGCUGCGGCGGCGGCGGCGGCUGCUGCCGCAGCAGCUGCCUCCGUGAAGCACCUGCUACAGCGAGUGCAUACGGACCUAGGGGGGCGGAACAAGGGUAUAGCGCUGCACGCCGCGCGCCCCUCGGGUCUGCUGGCGGCACUGGCGGAGCUGCUGACGGCCCCGGCAGCGGCGGCAACCGCCCACCCGCCACAGACGUGUGUGCAGCUCAUGGAGUUGCUGGCCCUGCUGGUCACAUCCUCGCCGCACAACGCGCGCUGGCUGCUGGCGUGUGGGGGCAGCGGGCGGCUGGCGGGGCUGGUGCGGGCGUGCAUGCGGGCGCUGGAUAGGUACAACGGGCUGGCGGCGGACGAGGUGUGGGAGGAGCCGCCCGAGGCGCGAUACCUUGCGGCGCUGCUGCAGACGCUGGCCUGCCUGUGCCGCACCCCCUGCUGCGAGCAGCCGUCCCUGGGGUCGCAGCAGGAGGAGCUGGUGGCGUAUGUGGUGGCGUGCGGCCUGGUGCACAGGUCCACGGAGCUGUUCAGCCUGUUCGACCAGCCGGCCGCCAACGACACGGCGCCCAUACCGGGCUACGUGCUGCAGUGCCUGGCGCUGCUGGAGGCGAUCACGGGCGGUCCCGGUCGCCGCUCCCCCUCCGCCCGCCUGUGCUGUGGCAAGCGCUGGACACCGCCCGCCGCCAACGGAGCCGCCAUCGCACUGGCGUUCCAGGAGACCAGCAUGGCCGGCCUGCCCUCGCUGCUGACUGCCGUGCUGCUCCGCGCCGCCCCCAGCUGCACACCCGCGGAGGCGCGACCCGAGCGCCUGCCGCCCAACUUCGUUGAGGCGGCCGCGUGCGUGAUGCGGGUGCUCAACAACUGUGCAAGACUGGACCUUCUGGCCGCUCAAAGCACCCUUGGCGCCCCCGACCUGCGCGUCGUGUUCUUCCACCUGGUCGGCUUCCUCAUCUCAUACGCCACCAACCAGUGGCCCAGCGGACGCGGACCGGCCGGCGCACAACCCGCCAUCCGAGCAGCACUGGCCGCUGCUGCCGCCGGCCCCGCCGCUGCUGCUGCUGGUGGUGCUGCCGCUGCUGUCCCACCCAGCGGCCUCCGCAGCAGCAGCUGCCUGUCCCCUCCGCCACCCUCCGCUCCCCAACCCCACCCUUCUCCUCACCCCUCUCCCCACCCACCUCCGCCUCCGCCUCCUCCCCCCGCGCACACCGGUUUGGUGCAGCUGCUUAACGAGGUGCUGCUGCUGGUGGGGUACUUCGGUCUGCUGGCGCCCGCCAACCAGGACGUGCUGCUGUGGGGCAAGAGCCCCACGCUGCUCCAGCGGCUGGCGGAGCUGCCGUUCGGGUACUUCGUGGAGCAGCAGCUGCUGCAGGUUCUGAUGCCCACGCUGCUGGCGGUGUGUCACGGCAGCGAGCGAGCGCUGGCCGCCCUGACACAGCACCUGGACCCGCUGCUGGUGCGCAGCUACGUGCAGGCUAUGAUGCGCCAGUACCCACUGCCGCAGCCGCACGGGGGGGUUGGGGGUGCUGGUGCUGGUGCCGCUUCCUCCGCACCUCAUACGGCGGGGGCGGCGGCAAGGCACAUGCAGCAGCAGCGGCCACAGGAGGAGGAGCAGUCGCAGGGCGAUCCGGCAGCCGCCGCCGCUGCAGCAGGCAUGGGCACGGCUGGCGAGGGCACCCCAGCUAUCACCUCCUCUGCUGCUGUUGCUCUUGCUACCGGCGACGGCGACGAAGAGGGGCUGUUGUCGCCGCGGCGCAAGCUGCUAGCCGACCUUCCGACAGCUGCCGACGGCGGCGGCGGCGCAAGCGUUGUUGGCGGCGGCGCCGCUGGUGCCGCCCCCGCCACUCCUGCUGGCUCCACCUCCGCCACCACCACCACCACCCUUCCCAUCAUUGACGGGUUCGAGGACCCGCUGUCGCUGCCCCCACCCACUGCCGAGCGCUACAGCCUGCCGCAGCGCUUUCCUCCUGAGCUGCUGCCGCAGGUGCUGGCGUUCCUGGAGCGGCAGGGGGCGGGGGGCGGCAGCAGCGGAGGCGGCAGCGGCGGGGGCAGGAGCAGCGGUGGCGGGGGCGAUCCGCUGGCGGAGGCUGUGGCGGCGGCGGAGGCGGCGGGGCGGCGGAGGCCGUCAGCGGCGCUGCAGCUCUCCCAGACGCCGCUGGCGGUGCUGGGCGCCGCUGCUGCUGCUGCUGUUGGUGGCGGCGGCGUUCAGAGCUGUACUGCAACUGCGGGCUGUAACACCAACAGCAGCGGCGGCGGCGGCGGCGGUGCAGGCGAAGUACGGGGCCGCGUUGAUGUUUCUUGUACGACAAGGUUGUUACCUGGAAACACAUCGGCGGUUAGCGCUUGGGAGUCGUCCGCCUCAGCCUCAGCCUCGUCACAUGCUGAUGAUCGUGCGGCGGCUAGCGGUAGCGGUAGCGGCGUGGCUGGGAGGUCGGCGUCGGCGUCAGCGGCUGGGAACGGCGGUGACGCUGGGGACGGAAGUAUGGAGACUGGCAGCAGCAGCGACGGCAGUGGCAGCGGGGAGAGUGGUGGAGGAGCUGGCGGCGGCGGCGGCGGCAGCAGGAGCGAGGGAUACGUCCGGCACUUCCGCCGCUACCUGGAUGCAGCGGACGUGCCGGUGCCGUUUGCCGCUGGCGGCAGCAUGGGCGUACGACGGCAACGAAUACACGAUGUUACCACCGCCGCUGCGGCUGCGGCGGUGGUGGCUACUGCGGCGGAUAAGGACGCGGUUGUUAGCGGCGGAGGCGGCGGUGUUGGUGCAGACGGCGGUGGUGGCAACAACUGCGCCCGCUCAUACGUAUCCGAGUUGAGCUUUGGCGGCUAUCUGACGCCUUCACGAACGGACGGCGAGGGACCCAUAUCACCUUGCGAGGAUGAGCGGGCUCUUUUGGACGAGUUGGAUCUAGAGCAGUACGAGCAGCAGCGGUUGGACGAGCAGCGACAGCUGGACGAGCAAGGCGUGCUGCUGUUGGACGAGCCGCAGCAACCGUAUUCCAGGCGGGGAGCGUUCGGAGGCCGGCAAGGAGGUCUGCAGCCAGCCGAGGCUGCCGCUGCGCAUGGUGAGAGAUGUGGGGCAGGGCGAGCAUCUAACGGCUUGGAAGAAAGUGAAAAUGAAGACGGUCCGCCGGAUCUGGGAGCGGGAUUACUGGACGCAGCUAUGCAAGCAGGAGCGUGCGGAAGAAGAACGGAUCAGACCAACCUUAACGGUGCGUCAACUUCGACGGGUGUUGUGAUGGAGGCUUGGUGGCGGCAAAUGGGAUACAGUUUCGCGGAUGAGGAUGACAGCAGCGAUUCUGACUCGGUGCUCGAUGCUUGAUGAGCAAGAUAGGCAGCGGGCGUUGUAAUCCUUCAUCCAGUCGUGGCGCGUUUUGCGUACGAUCUUAACCUUCUCAACUACUGAGGAGGACGGGCGACGUUUCUUCCUUCGUUUCUCCUUUAACCAAACAUAUAAACUUGGUACAUAUUUAUGUCGCUGUAGAUAAUUGUUGGGCCCUGAAUAGAUCAUAUGGGUGCAAGGGUUUGACCUUUGACCAAACGGACUUUUGCUGUAAUGGCUUCUGAUUUCAGCACCACUGUAAGCUUCAAUGUGGGUGGCCAAAUAUUUACCACCGUUAGGGAGACAUUGCUAAAGGAGGCAAACUCACGUCUAGCUCUCAUUGCACGAGGAGUUUUGGCUAGCGCCCGAGAUCCGUCGACGGGUGCUUAUGUGCUUGACCGGGACCCAAAAUACUUUCAGCUUGUGCUGAACUGGCUACGGGACGGCUGGUGUUUGCUACCUCGGACAGCUGAGGAGCGUCGGGAGCUCCUUCAGGAAGUACGCUUCUACCAUCUGAGCGCCUUUGAGUCUUGGUUGCGCACCCAAGAGGUUCUUGGGGACGCUGCAGGCGGGCCCGCUCCGGACCUUGUGGCCUAUGAGAGUCCUCGGCCCCGCACCCAGCAACCCGCAGCCCCCCAGCCGCAGCCCUUCACCUCCUUCUCCUACUCCACCCUCACCUCCCCCUCAUCCGCGCCACCCGCCACCGCAUCCGCCUCACCUCACACCAACCUAGGCGCCAUGCCCACCGCCCGCCUCGCCCCCUCCGCCUGGACCUCCUCCGCCACCGCACCCCCCGCCUCCGCCGCACCCGUCACCCUGACUGGCUCCAGCCUGACGGGCAGGACGUCACCCUCGCCCAUGCGCAGCCCGCCGCCGCCGUCACCGACGGCUGCUUAUGGCGGCGCUGGGUUGACCAACGGCUGGAGGCGCAGCAGCGGCGGAGGUGGAGGCGGCAGCACUGGCAGCGGCAUGGGCAUGGGCGGGGCUCCGCCGGGGGAUGCGGUGGCAUCGCUGCGGGAGGCCUUCAUGGCGGCCACAGCGCCGCAGCGGCCGGCAGCGCAUGUGGCGCCGUACAGCCUGGCUGGCACGGCCGACGAGUCCGCCAGCUGGACCAGCAAGUACCUUCGCGGCAACGAGGGGCUGCGCGAGCUGGUCAACACGCUGCUGGAGCUGGCGUUCAUGGCACCGCACAGGUCCCUGAACUGCGGCAAGGCGCACGUGUGCAUCAGUGUGGCGUGCGGCCACCUGCAGGAGGCCAGCCUGGUGGGCAGCAAGCAGGAGCACAUGCGGAGCAAGCUGCUGGAGGUGAAGGUGCGGGGCGCCAUGGGCUGGUCGUUCGACCUCACGCUGCGCCCCAGCAGCGAUGUGGCGCUGUGGGACAAGUACGGAGGGGUGGCGGCGGCGGUGCAGGACAACUGGUUCGUACUGGGUGCCGUGUUGAAGGACCAGUUCGGAGUGGUGCUGGAGGAGGACUCGUCGGCGCGCCCCACCUGCGCUGCCUGCCGCCGCACCUGCCUGGCCAUCACGCUGAACAAGAUCUUCUGAUGAUGAUGAUGAUGAUGAUGGUGGUGGGGCCUGACAUAACAUGAUGAUGAUGAUGAUGGUGGUGGGGCCUGACAUAACAUGAUGAUGAUGAUGAUGGUGGUGGGGCCUGACAUAACAUGAUGAUGAUGAUGGUGGUGGGGCCUGACAUAACAAGGUCGCCAUGCCUGCGAGACAGCGCCUCACGUCGACCCGGCCAAGACCCGCUGGAAAUGUGUAUCGGCAAGUGCCAGACGGCCGACUCAUGGGUUAAGGAAAUGAAAAGCCCACGCUUACUGUUACAUACGGGCUAGGCAGGUGGUCACGGGUUGCUGCUGUGAUCAUCAUUCUUGUACAUAGGACCAUGCCCAUGAGCGUGAUGGCGUACACCGGUAUAGGUAGUUCCUGGGACCGCAACAACUGAC